AUGGGUUCGUUUUCCCGAGAAAGGCUUGAAGAGCAGGCGACACUCGCUCCGGUCAGGAUGUGGGCAAACAUAUGGCAAAUAUUGGGAGUCACCAUGAUUCCAAUAUUUACGGUGGGAACUGGGUUGUCUAUGGCAAGCAGGGCGGAAGACGCAGGCGUGAUCGCUGUUCGAGAUGGAGUCGUGGUGCAGGACAAAGGAUGCCCGCAUGCCAUAUCACCGGACGAGGCGGACAUCAGGAAGUCUACCCCGUCCUGGCCGGGUGGUGUUUUGACUCUCACUUCCCUCUACCAAGUAGACAAUCACGAAGACCUUCAGGCAUGCAUGAACAAUGUGAAGAUGAGAGGGUGCGAGGCCGUGUACUUCCAGGGAUCGUUUGGGGGAGAAGAAUAUUGUUCAACACCACGACACCGACUCCCCGCAGAUGAGGAGGAACCCGGUCUAUUAGUGGCCGGGUCAACCUCGCCGCUCGAAACAAAAAGGGCUAGAUCACUAGUUUUUCACUUUCGAUCCGGGGAUGUUUUCAAGCCGAGAAAGGACUUCCACUUCCAGACGUACGGCCAGCCACCUUUGCUUUACGUACUGGCAGUUAUCGCCAGCAAGAAGUGGAGCAAUUUGACAUUCAUUACAAACGGGGAACAUGAGAGGCUUCUCAACCCUACGUUCAGAGUAAUUGAAGAGCUCAUCAGCCAGGGGAUUCUUGGGACAAACGGGACGAUAGUGGAAACUUAUAAGAAACGAUCACUCUGGGAAGAUCUGCAGGCGAUGCUGUGCGCGGACGCCCUAUCUGUUGCACAUUCAACGCUUACGAAUCUCCUGUUGGCGCACUCGAGGGCCAAGAUGUUCUUUCUGCCGUGGGGGUGUGAACCACAAAUUGGGGAUAUGAUGAUUCCCCGCUUCGUUAGUGCCUCGAUGAUUUGCCUCCAAAGGCCCGAGGUUGAGGUGUACGGCAUUGAAUGGCGGACAACAAGCAAUGCUUACACGGUUUACAACAAGUGGGAUCCAUCCGUCAACCAGCUUGAGAUGAUUGUUUCCGACGACCUCAAAGGCGUUCAACACUGUUGUAAUUAACUGGGAGAACUUUGUUACGGCGGUUAUUCUUGGGGACCUUUCUUCCCACAAGAGUAUCUCUGGUCAAAGAACCUCUUUUUGGCCGAGGCUUACCCUCCUAAUAUUGGAUACCCAGAUGGCGACGCUUUCGGCACAGAGAACUCAAUGAAAUGCUUUUUACCGCACAGUUGUCACCCUAGGCUCCACUGUGCGCAGCACACGUGAGAAUCGUUGGUCUAUCAUGUUUUGGCUCAGAUGGUACGGUGUGUAUUGUAUGUGUGAUGCCUCUCCUCCGCCUCAGACUUGCUGUGCUCAACUCCCGUCAACCCGCCUGUCCCUAGCCCGAGUCGUAAAACUGUACAUCGUCUGAUAAUGGAAGUUGCCGACUUGGGUGCAGUAUGAAAAGAAGUUUUGGGGGACACUUUUUCAUACUGGAAUUCAGAUUCUUUGGAGAGCCUGUAGCCCCUAGACAUUUCUUUGCGGAGGAACUGUGUGCUACUGUGUUCUACUAUUCAUGUAGGAGGGUCAAGCAUGCUGUUUUCCGGGAGUUUUUCUCUCUCUUGGUGAGUGGGGUUGUCUCCAUAGGGAUUCCUAAUUCAGAUCCAAGCCACUCAGGAAGAAAAUCUCAAACGCAAAAAAAAAAGGUUGUGGCGCGAAGCA